GAGCCGGGUGGCUGGAGCCGGCGGGCGGGAUGCUGCGAGCGACGCUGAGGCUGUUGAGCCGUGCGUGGCCCCGGGAACCCGGCGCGAGGCAGCUGUGGGGCCGCAGUGCCCGCCCAGAGGCCACGAGGAACCGGCGGGCCUGGGGCUGGGGAUGGCGGCACUCGAGCACCGAGCUGGGGCCGGGGCGCGUGGAAGCGGCGCACUACCAGCUCGUCUACACCUGUAAGGUGUGCGGGGCUCGGUCCUCCAAGCGCAUCUCCAAGCUGGCCUAUCACCAGGGCGUGGUCAUCGUGACCUGCCCCGGCUGCCGGAGCCAUCACAUCAUCGCUGACAAUCUGGGCUGGUUCUCGGACCUGGACGGGAAGAGGAACAUCGAGGAGAUCCUGGAGGCCAGAGGGGAGCAGGUGCGCCGAGUGGCUGUCGAGGGGGCCCUGGAACUGGUUUUGGAGGCUGAAGGGGCCCCCACAUCCACUUCUGCUCCGGAAGCGGGUGAGGACGAGGACCGCAGCCACCCUGGCAAGGGAGAGCCCAGCUGACUCCCACGCUCGCUGGUGCUGUGGGACUUAGGCCUUCCGGAAGGAUGUUUCGGCCCCGGGCCUCUCUGGACGUGGCCUGUUUUCUAUCAAUAAACAGACGUCGCUUCCA